AUGCAGGAACUCUCUGUCAUCAAUGACUCCACCACCGCCAACCUGACGACUGGUACUCUCGAUUCGGUGUCUACAGAAAUCAAGCUGGAGAUCCUCAAACUCAGCAGCUGGAAACACUGGCGUUCAGUGAAUCGUGGGAGUCGUACCGAAAGCUGUGGAGAUCACUGGACAAGACGUUGGUGCGAGAAAAUGUGCUCAAGAGAGUACUGUACACUGGUUCGCGUUGAACGAGGGAUCCGCAGGUCUCACGUCCUGGAACUAGUGUGCACUCGUGCUGGUCGCGCAAACACAGAAAAGUCUCAUCAAACAGCCCGAUAUUGGGGAACGGGAUGGCUUCUUACUCGUCAAAUCUCUGGAACUGUCUUGUCUGGGCAAUGUGAGUUGCUAUCGCCGCGUCGAUGCAACCGAUGA